AUGAAAGUUGCAGUUUUGAUUGUAUUGGUUGCCCUGGUGGGCAGCACAGUUGCCCUCUCCCUGUCACGUGCCGGUCCGCCAGCCAAGAAAAGGCCAACCCAGAUAACUGAUAACUCCAACAAGAAGGUCGACCAACAUGUUGAUGCUCAAAUCCAGAAUGAGAAGACUCAACAAAUCGAUGUGGAAUUGAAGCAAGAUCUGCCUAAGCCUCAGUAUGUCGAUGUGGAAUCGAAGCAAGAUCUGCCUAAGCCUCAGUAUGUCGAUGUGGAAGUUAAUCACGAUCAGCCCAAGAAGCAGCAUGUUGAGGUAGAGAUCAAACACGAUCAGCCCAAGCCUCAACAUAUUCAGGUGGAAGUCAAGCACGAUCAGCCCAAGAAGCAGCAUGUUGAGGUAGAGAUCAAACACGAUCAGCCCAAGCCUCAACAUAUUCAGGUGGAAGUCAAGCACGAUCAGCCCAAGAAGCAGCAUGUUGCGGUAGAGAUCAAACACGAGCAGCCCAAGAAGCAGCAGGUUGAGGUAGAGAUCAAACAGGAGCAGCACAAGCCUCAACAUGUUGAGUUUGAGAUCAAGCAGCAGGAGCUGCCGGAGGCAGAACACGUCAAAUAUGAGAUCAAGCAGCAGCAGAGGCCACAGCAUGUGAACUUUGAGAUCAAGCAGCAGCCGCAUCUACUGGAGGCACCACAUGUCCAAUAUGAGAUCAAGCAGCAGCAGCAGCAGAAGCCACAGCACCUUGAGUUUGAGAUCAAGCCGCAGCACGAAUCCCAGCUCAUUGAAUUGGAGCUGGCUUAAACUGUCUCCAGCUGUCUCCGAAUGCUAUCAGAUAUAUAUCCGAUUAAAGACAUUUAUGUGUGUGUAAUAAAUUUUUGAAAAA